AUGAAGCCCAGCGGACGAAAUAGUUGUUCAAAGUCACUCCAUAUUGAAUUACAGGGCUUAGAAGUGCUCAAACAAGCUGACUAUUCCAACUCCAAAGAAUUAAAUAAUAUUACUCAGGCCACCACGAAAACAGAAUUUAUUGAUUUAAAGUUGGUGAUAUUAUUGCUAAACAAGUCGCUUAUGCAGUUUAAUGGUACAAUGUCUACCUUCAGCAUAAUAUUAUGUAAUUAUUUGAUACUAAUAAUUUAUAAAUUACCAUCAAUAAUGAGGAGAAAUAUGGAUCGAAUAAGACAACUAUGGGAAUGGAGCAAUCAUAAUUAUUAG